AUUGGACUGUUCCCUUGUCAUUUAAAAUAAUAUCCUACUGUAGUUUCAGGCAAUCUUUGUUUACCUGCCGCCUGAUACUGUUUUAGCUUUACCUUGUUGAAUUCAAAUUGAAAUAAAUCUAUUUUGUUCGUCGCAGGGUUGAUAUUUGGAGAUGGCUUCAGGCUACAGAAAACCCAACACCACUUCCAACCAGAGGAAAAAGGCAGGUCCUAAACCAGACUUGACAGAGGAACAAAAGCAGGAGAUCAGAGAGGCCUUUGACUUGUUUGAUACAGAUGGCUCGGGCACAAUUGACGUGAAGGAACUCAAGGUUGCCAUGCGUGCCCUUGGCUUUGAACCAAAGAAAGAAGAGAUCAAGAAGAUGAUUGCAGACAUUGACAAGGAGGGCUCUGGGACCAUUGAUUUUAAUGACUUUCUCUGUAUGAUGACACAGAAAAUGAGUGAAAAAGACUCAAAAGAAGAAAUUCUGAAGGCGUUCCGCUUAUUUGAUGAUGACGGCACGGGCAAAAUCUCCUUCAAAAAUCUCAAGAGAGUUGCCAAGGAGCUAGGUGAAAACCUGACAGAUGAGGAAUUGCAGGAAAUGAUUGACGAAGCAGACCGAGAUGGAGAUGGAGAGAUCAAUGAGCAGGAGUUUCUAAGGAUAAUGAAGAAGACAAGUCUAUAUUGAAUGUCUUAUGUUUCCCAACAUUUUUUUUCCACUGCUGGAACGCUCUCGCUUAUAUGGCUUUGAUCCUUUUAAGGGUACUUUAUGAUAUAGCAUUUAGUGGCCUUUCAUAUGGGUUGUAAAUUAUUUUAACAGCUCUAAACACAGAUUGUAUGAUAUUUGAGAAAGAAUAAAACAUAUUGAAUCAUUUCAAAUUUA